UCCGACUUCCGCUCUAAAUCCAAUAUUCUCUAUAGACAUUAGUUAGAUCUAGACUAGCUAAAGAUAUUUUUAUCUGAGUUAAUGAGACAAAUGGCUGUUAACAAAAAUUAAAAUACAUGCACAACAUAAUCAUGGUGAUAAGCUGUUUCUGGUUAUUUCAAUUUAAUUAAUCAAUAGAUGUUCAGUACAAGAAGUUCCAAGCAAGAUACAAUUCAUUCAAUUUGAAAAGCAAUAAUAAUGUGUUUUGUUUUUGAGAGAAAAAAAAGAGUGUUAGCCAAUGUUUACUGUUUACCACCAAGAUAACGAACAAUUUUUGGAGCCUGUUAGGCUGUACCUUGCAGAAAUGGAAGCUGUUCACUACUUCUGCUCCUUUUGACUUGUGGCAAUGUGGUUUAUUUCUAUCUGUUUCAAUUGUUUCUUGGAUUACUUUGGCUGAAGACUAUAUUUCAUACAUUUCUUAGAAGUACAAUGUAUUAAAGAAACUAUAGUAUUGGAUUUAAUUUGAUUAACAACUGAAAUCUUUGCAAGAAAAUGGAAGUUGACCCGCCUGCAUCAUCAUCUUCAAGUCCUCAACAGAACAGUGGUGGAACAUUAAAACGUUCCAACAGUGCUCCAAUGAUAAAUACUCUGGUUACGUCAGAAGCAGAGGUCAGCCCUCCUACGUCAUUUAAAACGGCUACAUCUGUUGCUCUGCGGCGACUUAGUUCAAGUAACAUGUCAUUACAUAAUGCUCCAUCAUCAACAAGUCCUCCUAUAAGAAGUACAGACAGGGUGACAAGAAUCAAGCAGGAGGAAAUCCAUAAAGCAGAUAUAGAACGGCAACAUGAAAGAGAGAUUCAAUCUUCUAUUUGGAUUUCACAGAACUGGGAUAGUCUUUCAUUUGAUACAUCAGAGCCUAUGGAAAGUCAGAGACGGCAGAGGUCUUUCAGUGAAUCGCUCCAUAUAAUGACCCAGCCCAAUAUACUUUGUGGCUCACCUUCACCCACAAGAGCCGCAGCCAAGCAGUGCUUUUCCCCAUCAAUGCAGAUUCCUGUCAAGAAUACCACUUUUACUCCGUCACCAUCUCCCAGUCCUACUAGGAAAAGUUUUCAUAGGAGUUUAAGCCCAAUAGCUAUGCGGAAUGCUGUUUCUUUAAAACGUAAAUUGGAAAAUGAUGGAGAUAAGUGGGAUUACAUCAGCCCUCCCAAAAAAUUCAGCACUGGAGCAAGUACACCAGACAGAAUAAUGACCUGUGUCCAUCCUUUAGCCAACAGCAUUUCAAGCAGUAGUUUGGAUGCUAACAACCAUCAACAGUCAUUGACAAGGUCAAAUAGCUUAGGGACAAGUAUGUCUCAUCUCCACAGGUCACCUUUGAACAACUUGGCGGCUGGUCUAAGUCCUAUAUCUGUUGGAGGCAGUCAGUCUUCUCCUUCAACCAUCCACAGUCAGGUCGGCAGUUCCAGCUCGGCUCUCAUGUCAGUCAGCAAGCAAGGGUUCAUGUUCCAGCCUGUCUCUGACGCCAUGGGCUCCCCCUCAUCCACCUCCUCCUCUUCCUCGUCCAACCUGUCCAUGCCCUUGCACCACCUUCACCCGCACCCAGAACAGCAGAACUCCCAGGGGUCAGACCGGAGCCCCUUGCCCCACCAGGGGCACACAGUGGGUAUGUCGCUGCAGCAGCAGCCUCUGCGCACCCACUCAGCCAUGAGCAAUGAUGGGAACAGCCACAACAGCAAUGACAUUUACAUGAGUGACACUGAGAUGAGGGACCAUUCUGACAUGGGCUGUAAAUCAAAUGAAGGCUUUACUCACUCGGAACUGGACAGCAAAACAUCAGAGGGCUUUAACUUCAAACCUAUUCGCCCUGACUAUACUUAGUUUCAGCCACCC